UCGGUCUGGUCUCGUGUUACCAAUGCACUCUGCAGCGCGUACUGGUGGCCGACAAGUGGUGGGUUUAGGGCAGUCGUGAGUCAGGUCUCUCCUUGCCACUAUAGAGGGUUUAUAUGUUUGAGCGGAAUCAUUUCCGUACUGUGUUGUGCGGUCAACUUGUCUGAAGUGUAGUGAUUCUUUCAACUGUGUUCACACUGGGAGUUCUUUUGAGGUAACAGCCAUGAAGGUUCUGUCGACACUGAUUCUUCUCCUACUGGCCACAUGCGCCGUCAUCAAGGCAGACGAACAAACACGUGCAGCCUCCGCGAUACAGGAUAUACCGGAACAGGGUAUGGCAGCGGAUGAGGAUGAUGACGAUGAUGAUGACGUGGCCGUCGACGAUGACACCGAUGAUAUGACCGAGCCAAUAGCACGAGAAAACCCAUGUAACAAGAAGCAAUGUCAGAGAGGCGAGGAAUGUGUUAUUCGUAACGACAAACCCAAGUGUGUGUGUGUAGGAAGAUGUCCCAUCACCACCAACCCCAGACACAAGGUGUGCGGCUCUCGGAACACGACGUUUGACAGUGAAUGUCAUCUAGACCGUGAGAUCUGUCUGUGCAAGACAAAGUCACCUGAAUGCUCCAACCCUGCCUUCAAGAAACUGAAGCUGAAUUACUUUGGAGCCUGUCAGAAUCUUCCCCGAUGUGAUAACGUGGGAAUGGCCCAAUUUCCUGGGAGGAUGGAGGGCUGGCUUUCUGUCAUCAUGAAUGUUGUGGCUUCCCGCCGUGACCUCGGUGAUUACUCAGAACUGUUGACCGAUAGUCUUCACCAACGUAUCAAUGCAGUAAUCUGGAAAUUUUGCGACCUCGAUGUCCAUCCCCAGGACAGACGUGUCAGUCGUAGAGAGCUUCAGAUGACCAUCGCCUCACUACGGCCUAUGGAGCCCUGUCUCGUGCCUUUCCUCAAUAAGUGUGACGCCAAUGGCGACCGUAAGAUUGCACUGAAGGAGUGGGGCACCUGUCUAGGAUUGGACAAGGGUGAAAUCGUAGAUAAAUGCAAACAACUGAGGAAAAAGUCAAGAAGAAGCUAAAUGCCGGUGAUAAUUAGUGGCGAUGUUUGUACUAAGGUCUGUAGUAGGUUAGUCACCUUGCUGUAGAGAUGCAGUGCCAGGAUUUCCAAGAUAACAAGGCUGUAAUCUCUUCGACGUGCCCAGAUCAUAUUUAUAUUUUAUAACCAUUUUUUAUCUUCAUUUUUUGAAAUAAUUUUGUUCUAACUAAACAACAACGAAUGUAAAAUAAAACUUUAUUACAAUAAA